AGGCCUAAAUUCUGGCAUCUUGGUUCAGUGCCAGUACAGGUGACAGGAGAAUGACCUUUCCCAUGGACACAGUGAGCUUCACUGCAUCACCUGUUUCUGGGGGAACCAACUUGAAUAUGAGUACUGGAUUGCCACCUCAGGCUGCUGGAGGAGGUGGAAGUCUUGAGCAUGCUGUCAAGGCUGUGGAUAAAUCUGUUGGCUCUGAUGGGAGUUUCCCCACACUUGCCGAUCAGCUGCAUAUUACUGUCCAAGGUGGUUGCAGUGUGAGUGGUCUUAGUGACCAUGAUUAUCCCAAUUUAGCUGCUCAAGGAGUUGGACUGGAAGCUCUAAAGCAUUUCAGUGUCACCAAAAAGAUCCCAAUCCCUCCUGAACUCAGAGAACAUCAUGGGAAUAUGCAAUGCAAUUCUAUAAUGGGGUUAUUCCCUGAAAUUGGUCGCGCCUGGAUGACAGUGGACUCUGACAUUUUUGUCUGGACAUAUGAAGAUGGGGGAGACCUGGCAUAUUAUGAUGGACUGAAUGAAAGCAUUGUAGCAGUGGAGCUGGUGAAUCCUCGUGAAAAGGUGUUCCAAUCCCACAUUCGUUACCUCCUCUGCCUGGCCACUCCCAUUGAGAUUGUUCUGCUUGGAGUCACCUUCCAGACGUCAUCAGAGGGUUCAAUGGAUGGGGAUCUGAAAGAAAUGCAUUUGCUGCCCGAGCCAUUGUUUACCAUCCCAUCUGACAACAUGCACUUCUUGUGCAUAUAUGGCACUCCAUCUGGCAGAAUCUUCCUUGGAGGGAGGGAUGGUUGUAUAUAUGAAAUCAGAUAUCAGGCUUCUGAGGGCUGGUUCACCAGAAGAUGCAAGAAAAUCAAUCAUUCCAUGUCUGCCUUGAGUUGGUUGGUGCCCAACUUUCUUAGCUCAGCCUUCACAGAACCAAACCCUAUAAUUCAGCUUUGUGGAGAUCAUUCAAGAAACACUCUUUAUGCGCUGAGUGAGAAGGGAUCAAUCCAUGUGUAUGACCUUGGAGAAGAUGGAGAAGGAUUUUCAAAAAUUUGCUGCUUGGGGCUGAGUACCAUUGUCCACGAAGCAUCCUCUGCUGUCAGAACUGUGGAUGAGAGCAAUUUCCGGUCGCUGGUGAGAAUUCAAGAAAUAGGGCAAGAAGAUUCCCCACAGAUUCACUUGAUGGCUGUGACAGAGACAGGAGUUCGGCUUUACUUUGCCACUAGUCCCCUGAACAUGUGGAAUCGUCGACCCUCGACCCUCUUCCUCGUCCAUGUGCGCCUGCCCCCAGGCCUUGCUACCACUUUCAUACCUCAAAGACCCAGGGGCAUUCACCUAUCCUAUGCCAAGAAUGGGACUUGCAUGCAUGUGGCAUCAGUUUCUGAGACAUCAGAGAUGCUUUGGUUCUACAGCCCACAGUUGUUUGCUAUUCACAUGAAUUUGUGUGAGGCUGUGGAGACAGUUACUUUGGAUGGUGGUGUCAUAAUGGCUGUUUCUGAGGAGACAAAGAUUGAAUCAUGCAGCAUAGGGAGGAGGCCUCCCAUGCUUGUUGCACAACACAUUCAUCCUCAAAGACGGUUCAUCUUCCUCUCCCUUCAAGGAGCAACAAUUGUCACACAACUAAGGCCUGUAGAUCAACUGAGAAAUCUUUUGUUGUCUGGGAGGGGAGCUGACAGUGCAGCUGUGAAGGCAUUCUUCUCUCUCCUCACACCUGAAGAAGCUUGUUCUACUGCUCUCAGUCUUAUUUGCUCCAAUCAGUUCUUUGAUGAUCAGGUGGUGGAAUGGUCAAAGAGGGCAUUCUUCCUUUAUGGAAGGGAACCAGUGAUGGGACCUGGGAACCUCUCAUAUAUUGGGCCUGGGGGAGUGUCUUCUCCUAUCACUUCUUCCUUGUUCCAGCCUGGAUCUGCCUCAACCCCUGUGCAUGCCAGCAUGGGAAGGGGAAUGCUUUCUCUAAAUCCACCUUCUCAACCGACUGGUUCCUUGGGAUUCUCUGCCAAGCACAGUGCCCUGUAUAGAUACUUUGGUCGUCUUGUCAGGCCUCUCUGGCAUGCCAAAGUCUGUGAAGAAUUUUUAGCUGCAAAUGGAAAGCAUUAUCUGUCAAUCCCAAUCACCAGUGGGGAACUAACAUGGGUCAUGGAGCAGCUGGAGCAACUCUCGGUUUUUGUCCGCAAAGAACUCCCUCUGGCCCCUCUCCCACGUGGUCAGCCGCCUCUAAUGCAUUCAGAGAGUCCACUGAUGGGAAGGCUGGGAGGAGGUACAUCAGGUGGAAUCCUGAGAAGGCCUGUGCUGAAUGGUACAGCUGGAUCUGGUCAGGGGCUCGAUGAGAGUUCUUCUCUCCAAGACUUGGAGGCUCUUGUUGUGCUCACCAAAGAGACUCUUGGGCUGUGGCGCAUCCUCUCGGAUCAUCAGUUCUACACCCUUGCCGAGAAGCUCACGCAGGAAAAUCAGAAGCAGUUGCAGGCCAUGACUUUCCGGGACUUGAUCUUCAAUGGUCAGGACAUCACCAAUGCCCUCAUCCAAGUUCUUGUCAAUUGUUACCUUGGUGACAAUGCUGCAGUGGACUCUGUCAUUGUUCGCUUGCGGGACAUCUGCCCUCACAUUUAUCGAGAUGAGGAUGCCAAAUGUGCCAAAGCUACAGAACUCCUGGCAGCAGCCAAAAAUUGUGCUGAACCUUACCAACAAAAUGAUCUCAUUUCAAGUGCCAUCAAGCUCUGCAUGGAAGUGGCAGGUCAACUGGACAUGGGGCAGGUUGCAAGGCAUUUAGUUGCAUGCAGGUCAUUCACCCCUGUGGUCCAUUUGUGUUCAAAGGCAGCUCUGGACAAGGAUCCCCAGAGUCUUGCCCUCACUCACUUCCAAGAAGGCCUUCCCCUGGAUUCUCCGCUCUCUCGAGAUGCCUUUGCAAGGAGACAGGAUAGCUACAAAGUAAUUUGUGAGGUCCUGGGACAGUUGCUCCAGGCAACUGGAACCUUAUUAUCUCCUGAUGCUGGAACCCAAGCUGAUUUUAUGCCACAGAUGUCUCCCACUGAAGCUCAGGAUGCGGCUGAAGAGAUGGUGAAAACUUGCCUGGAAAAAGAUGAUGAGCUUCUUCACAUUGCCCUCUACACAUGGCUCAUUGAUCACCAUCUCUCUAGCAUCCUCCUUCAGCUAGAAUGCACAACUUUGGAGCCAUUUUUGCAGCGAGCUGCAUCAAAUGUUGUUCAGAUCCUCCCUCAGGUCACUGCCAUGGAUCUCUUGGCCAAGUACUAUGAGAAACAUGAGAGGUACCUCCAGGCAGCAAAGGUGUUGUCUCGACUCACCGAACGACACGGGACGGAUGUGACACUAGAACAACGGUUGGACUACCUGACUCGGGCCUUACUGUGCAUCCGCUGUGCUGGUGGAGGUGCUGAACUCCUUCAUGAGCUUGAGGACAAGAUGGAUGUUGCACGACUUCAGGAUAAGAUCCUGGGAUCAGUGAAGCAGCUGCCUCCUUCACCAGCCGUUGAGGAUGCCAUUCGAGGCCUCAAUUCAGACCUCCUUAGUGUUAUGGAGCUUUACAGUGAAUAUGCAGUGCCGUUGAGUCUUUGGGAGUGUCAGUUGGCCAUCAUCCACUGUGCAGGGUAUCAGGACUCCCACCUUAUCUCAGACCUGUGGAUGAAAAUCUUCCAUCAUGAGUUCUCACUUUCGGAGACAGAAGUUCCUGAGACGCGCAUUCCGUUACUCAAAGAGAAGCUCAUCUCCCUCGGAAAGAAGUACAGAUCUCCCGAGAUCUACUUCCCCCUUGGUUUCAUACUUGGGUACCUGGAAGAACGUGCCUUGGAAGAGGGGCUGACCACAGAUCCAGCAUGGAUCUGGUUUGCUCUUCAUGAAGCAGGCAUCCCCAUGUCCACAAUUCUUAAUGCCUACAACUCUCUGUUGGGGGGCCAAGAGGGAGAAUGGGGUUCAGGAUCUCGCAGACUCCACUUGGCAAGAGCCAUGGUGUCCCUCAUGGAAGCAUUUGCCCGAAAUCCAUCAUUGGCGCCACUGUCUGACAGGCAAGCCAUCAAAGUGAGUUGUUUGGACUGUGUGAAUCGCUUCAUCGUCGACCUUCAGUUCCAAGAGCACGACGGUGAUGGUUCCGUGCAUGAGGCAGCUCGGAGGGGAGACGUGGAGGACCUUCAGUCUCUCCUACGGUUGGGAUAUUCUGUGAAUUGGACGGACUAUGAUCGCUGCACGCCACUGCAUGAGGCGUGCUCGGCUGGGAAGGUCGAGGCUGUUCAAUUCCUCUUGGACAAUGAUGCGCUGGUGAAUGCAUGGAACAUUGAUGGGUCAACCCCCUUGUGCCAAGCAUGUGCCAGUGGAAAAUCAGAGUGCGUUCGACUGCUCCUCGGUCGAGGGGCAGAAGAAAAUCCAGUCCUGUUCCAUGGCACAAGUCCCUUGCACGAAGCAGCUGUCAGAGGUCACACAGAUUGUGUGAAGUUGAUGCUGGAUGCAGGGGCGCUAGUGAACAAAACAGACACCCAUUUUGGGACUCCUCUUCAUGCUGCCUGCAUUCAUCCUAGUCCAAAUAUUUCCUGUGUUAAGGCCAUUUUGGAUGGAGGCGCAAACGUGAAUGCAGUGAGAAUCCAUGCCACUGCAUUGCACGAGGCUUCCCGCAACGGGAACACGGAUCUGGUGGGGCUCCUCCUCGCAUACGGAGCAGAUCCCUGUCAGAGAGACAAUCAGAACCGUCUCCCUCGUGACCUCUGUUCGAAGGACUCUGCAUCGUGGAAUCUCCUGCUGGAUGCCGAAUGCAACGUCCCGACCCUCCAGCAUCUGUGCCGCUUGAGAUUGCGGGAUGUUUUCCCCUGUUCUCUCUUGGCUUCCAUAUCCUCCCUCCCUCGCUCUCUCCUUCGGUACCUGCUCUACGAAGAGUACUCCCAGUCGUGUCGGUGGGAGAAAAAAAAGUGCUGCCUCGAUCCACCCGAGACGCAGCCGUGCACCGGGCGAGGUCCAGGGCCAUGCCCGGCUGGGUUCUUCCGCGAUUGGCUGAUAAACGAGGACUUCUCGGGUCGAUGUGGGACUGCUCGCGUCAUCCUCUAUCUGCUUCCUUCAUCCUCCUUUGUCAUCCUCCCUCUACCUCGACCUCCUUCCAUUUCGUCAUACUCCAUCAUCCUCCCUCCACUCCGUCAUCCUCCCUCCACUCCGUCAUCCUCCCUCCACUCCGUCAUCCUCCCUCCACCUCGUCCUCCUCCCUUUCACCUCGUCCUCCUCCCUUCACCUCGUCUGCCUUCCGCUUCAUCCUCCUUCGUCAUCAUCUUUCUUCUCAUCUCGUCAUCUUUCCCUUCAUCUGUCAUGCAGCGGAGUUGA